AUGUCCUCCCAACCAUCCAAUAAUGCCUUGUCGGUCGCUGACGCAUCCUUGUGCAUAGCACUCACCCGGAUCAAGCGUGAUGAAGCAGAUGGCUGGGCAGUAGUUGAGCAGGCCCAUGACAUAGCCAGGCUAGUAUCACAAGCACUGCAGCAACACGGCAGGAAUGCAUUGGUCAUCUUGCCGUCACUGCUCUCUGCGGCCACUGAGGUUUGGGCGACAAUGAAUGUUGGCCAGGCCCCGCAAUGGGUUCGUGUAAGGGUUGAUGAUUCCUGCAUGGAAUCACACCCAUUCUUUCCCAAGACUAUUGGGUUUGUUGCAUUAAUGCCAGUGACAGUGCCUCACCCUCCCCCUACCGUCACACCACCAGCUCCCAAGGUGGUGUCAGUCCCACUGAUCGACUCACUGCCAGCUGAGGCUUCCAAGGCAACAACCGACAAGGGAAAGCAGCCGAUGGUGGAGACACUUCGGCAGCAAUGCUCGGUCCUCAAUCCAUCAUUACCACUGCCAACAAUGAGCCACAGUCAUGGAUCAUCAGCCACUGCAAUGGGUAUGAGGUACCUGAACAGUGUGUUCGGCCCUUUGGUUGCUCCUAACCCUCCUUCAGUCGGCGGCGGUCAAGCCUCAGCGUCUCACCCAUUCAGUCGCCCUGAUGUACAGGGCAGCACAUUUACUAGUGGACAGCCAUCAUCUGGGUCAGCACAGGCUGGUCCUUCAUCUGCUCCUGCCUUCCAAUCUCAUUUUAAUGUAACAUCACCUGCUUCUGAUACUCACUCCCUCCCUUAA